CCUAGAAGCCUUGGGAGAGUCAGCCUCUUCGAGCCUUCACUUCUUGUUCGUAACAAAUCCUUGUUACGAGGAUUAAAUGAAGGAAUUGGUGGUUUUCAAGGGAGGCUAGGUGAGCUGAGGCUUAGUUCUGGCAGGAACAGUGAUCGUGUCAUUGCUGUAGGGAUGUCCUGUGUGCUGGCGAUGUGCUUGUGUGCGCACACGUGGCCAGCCAGUAUGUCAGCAUGCAGACCAGGAACCGGGCCCUGGGGGCCAAGGUCCACAAACACCUGCGUCCCCCCGGGGGGGCUCCCUGAGUGCUCACUAUGUCUUCUGCUGCCCCUCCGGGCCCUCCGUCCUGGUCGGGCACGAAUCUCCCCUCCCUUGGGCUCCUCUGUCUUUCCUAACCCAGGGGCCUGGGCAGGGUGACGUCUUCUUUCUCCACCUCCUUCGUCCUCCACCUCUCCUCUCACAUGAUUCCCCCCGGGGGAACAGGACGCGUGCCUUCACCUUUCUGGGGCCGCGUUCCCCGUCUCACUGUGGAUCCAAGUGGCUCUCCGUGCCAAGUUCAGUUCAUCUGAAAUGUUUAUGGGGAGAACCGUGUUACCCCUCCACAUCUGUUGGUCCCAGCCUUGGCCUCCCCGGCUCCAGGUCCGGUCGCGACUGUGGGGAGCAGUGGUGCUCAGGCCCAUCCCACACCAGCGACAGACUCGACCCUGGUUUAUUACAGGCCGUGAAGACAGCCAGACCUCAGGUGAUGGAAUCCAAAUAAAGAAGCUAUGUGAGCUGCAGCCUGGGGAGAAAUGCUGUGUGGUGGGGACCCUCUUCAAGGCCAUGCCACUUCAGCCAUCCAUCCUCCGGGAGAUCAGCGAAGAGCACAACCUGCUGCCGCAGCCUCCUCGGAGCAAGUACAUCCAUCCCGACGACCAGCUGGUCUUGGAAGAUGAACUACAGCGCAUUAAGCUGGAAGGCAGCAUUGACGCGUCAAAGCUGGUCACAGGGACAGUGCUGGCUGUGCUUGGCUCUGUGAGAGACAGCGGGAAGUUCCUGGUGGAGGACCAUUGCUUUGCAGAGCUUGCUCCUCAGAAGCCCGCACCCACCCUGGACACAGACAGGUUUGUGCUGCUGGUGUCUGGCCUGGGCCUGGGCGGAGGCGGGGGUGAGAGCCUGCUGGGCACCCAGCUGCUGGUGGACGUGGUGACAGGGCAGCUGGGGGACGAGGGAGAGCAGUGUAGCGCCGCCCAUGUGUCCCGGGUCAUCCUCGCCGGGAACCUCCUGAGCCACAAUACCCAGAGCAGAGAUUCCAUCAACAAGGCCAAGUACUUAACCAAGAAAACCCAGGCAGCCAGCGUGGAGGCGGUCAAAAUGUUGGAUGAGAUCCUCCUGCAACUGAGUGCAUCGGUACCCGUGGACGUGAUGCCAGGCGAAUUUGACCCAACCAACUACACACUCCCUCAGCAGCCCCUGCACCCCUGCAUGUUCCCACUGGCCACUGCCUAUUCCACCCUCCAGCUGGUCACCAAUCCCUACCAAGCCACCAUCGAUGGAGUCAGAUUCCUAGGGACAUCGGGACAAAACGUGAGUGACAUUUUCCGGUACAGUAGCAUGGAGGAUCACUUGGAGAUCCUGGAGUGGACCCUGCGCAUCCGUCACAUCAGCCCCACAGCCCCUGAUACGCUAGGUUGCUACCCCUUCUAUAAGAACGACCCGUUCAUCUUUCCGGACUGCCCUCACGUCUACUUUUGUGGGAACACCCCCCAGUUUGGCUCUAAAAUUUUCCGAGGCCCAGAGGACCAGAGGGUGCUGUUGGUGGCUGUCCCAGACUUCAGCACCACACAGACUGCCUGCCUUGUGAAUCUGCGCAGCUUGGCCUGCCAGCCCAUCAGUUUCUCAGGCUUUGGGGCAGAGGACGAGGACCUGGGGGGCUUGGGUCUGAGCCCCUGACUCACUGAGACCCGUGCAACGUUGACACUGAGGUGGCAUUUGCUUUAUAACAAAAGCCUGAAGAAAAAAAAAAAAAAAAAAAAA